AAAUAUGCUGUAGUACUCUUGUUAUGUGAACGUGGCCAAGACUUAAAAGUGGACACCAACACAUUCAAGAACCAGCCAUACCCAUUAGCUCUAUAUAUUGCCAGUACCAAAACCAAUCUGAAUCUCACGGUAUCUAUCCGAGCUCUCCCUUUCUCUCCUACUAUUUGCUUUUUUCUUGGGUGGCUGUGCCAAAUUUUCUAAGAGGUUAAAUGGGACCGCCGGGAGGUCCAGGUCCAGGUCCCGGUCCCGGUCCUCCAACUCCGGCUCCGGCUCCGUUUCCGGGAGGCUUCAUUGGUGGCUUUUUUAACAGCUUGUGCGCUUCUUUAUCUUCCUGCUUCUACCUGCUGUGCUGUUGCUGGUUGGUGCAAGAUUGCUUUGGUGGGCCACCUGCCCCUGGCCCACCAGCACCCCCAGCUGCUCCUUUUGGGCCGCCUCCUGUAGGCCCACCAGGACCCCCAGUUGUUCCUCUUGGGCCGCCUCCUCUAGGCCCACCAGGACCCCCAGCUGCUCCUCUUGGCCCACCCGGUCCUCCUCUUGGGCCUCCAGGAAGCCCACCAUGGCCUGCUGAUCCAUCUGGACCUGCUGGGCCGCCGGGAGGUCCAGGCCCCGGUCCCGGCCCUUUCUGAUUCUCUAACAGAGUGCAAAGAAAAUAUUCAAUGUGAGGAUGUGUAUCAUCACGCGAUCAUGUGAAUGUGGUAUUUUUAUUAUUAUGGCCUAAUUGUAUACUGCCAUGUAUUUAUUUAGAUAGUGAAUACAUAAAAUUCAGCAAUAAUAUCAUAUGUAUUACUCCUCCUCCUGCUGCUGCUGCUGCUGCUGCAAGUUAAUAAUUUCUAAUUCUAUUGUCUUCUUUUGGUGGAUAUUAUUACA